AUGAAGCUUUCUCUCCUCAGUCUCGUCGCGCUGCCUUGGCUCGCACUCGCAGACGUAGUCGACUUGCCUUUCACCAAGUCCUACACCUGGCAGUUCAAUGGAUUCGGCACGGUGACGGCCGGGACCAACAGUCUGCUGGUGAUGCUCUGCUCGACCCACCCGCAGUGGUACGCGGUCGAUGAGCACAAUGUGGCGCAGAGUCUCGAGUACGACAAGCCUUCGAGCCAGUGGAUGUGGGCGCCCUUCUCGACCUGCAGGAACAACGGCUUCCGCUGCUUCGACUAUGUCAAGAACCUCCAGACCAUCGAUGGUCUGCACUGCGUCUACACGUUCCCCGGCACACAAGACGUCGCCGUAGACCUGGCCGGCAUCGCGAGGGCCAUGGACAGGGGAAGGGCCCGAGGCUAUACCUUCGUGGUCGGCUCACCGCCUCCCUAG